AUGAUGGUGGAAACAGCAGCCAGUCACGGGCCAGAUUGUGGGUCUGUGUGCAACAAGUCCGCAGCUCUGGAGGGCCAAGGGCCACCCGUGUUGGUCGACGCCUGGCUGGUCCCCACUUUCUUCAGCCUCAUCAUGCUGGUUGGCCUGGUUGGGAACUCGCUGGUCAUCCAUGUGGUCACCAAGCACCAGCAGAUGAAGACCGUCACCAACAUUUACAUAGUAAACCUGGCUACGACCGACAUCUUGUUUCUGGUCUGCUGCGUGCCCUUCACUGCCACACUGUACCCACUGCCCAGCUGGAUCUUUGGAGAGUUCAUGUGCCGACUGGUGAACUACCUUCAGCAGGUGACUGCUCAGGCAACUUGCAUCACUCUGUCAGCUAUGAGUGUGGACCGCUGCUACGUGACCGUCUAUCCCCUGCAGUCACUGCGACACCGAACCCCACGCCUGGCUCUGGCCGUCUCUCUGUCUAUCUGGAUAGGCUCCUUGCUUCUGUCAAUCCCUGUAGCCGUGUACCAGCGUCUGGAGGCAGGAUACUGGUUUGGUCCUCAGACGUACUGCAGUGAGGUCUUCCCCUCGGCCCGUCUCCAGAGAGCCUUCAUCAUCUACAGUUUCCUGGCAGUCUACCUUCUGCCCCUGCUCACCAUCACCGCUUGUUACGCCUUCAUGCUCAAGCGAAUAGGGCAGGCCAGCGUGAAUCCCAUCGACAGCAGCUACCAACUUCAGGCUCAGGCCGAGCGGGGAGCAGCAGUGCGGGCGCGAGUCUCCCGGAUGGUGGUGGUGAUGGUGGCCCUUUUCCUCAUCUGCUGGGGCCCCAUCCAGGUCUGCAUCCUCCUGCAAACAUUUGGCCUCCGCAGUUACGCUCUAUACAAGCUGAAGAUUUGGGGUCACUGCAUGUCCUACUCCAACUCCUCCGUCAACCCGCUUGUUUACGCCUUCAUGGGCAACAACUUCCGAAAGGCCUUCAAGAACGCCUUCCCUGCCGUAUUUCUGUGGCGUAUGAGGGGGAGAGUGAGUGUGGGACACAUGGACACAGAGAACAGGGGAGAGAUGGUUCGCCAGGCACCCAAAGGAGAAGCAGAGAUGCACUUUCUUUCAUCUGGUUCCUAAAGGCCAUGCUGGGCAUCCAGACACUGUGCACUCAUUGUUUAUUUAGAGUUUGUUCUGGAGAUAGAGCAGUCUGCUCAACCUGGUGUAUGUGUGUAUGGACGAGCACACACACACACACACACACACACACACACACACACACACACACACAAAGAACAUACAGGCACAAUGUGGGCUCAAUUUAGACAGCACAAAGAACACCAGUAACUGACAGGUUUGAACACACACACACACACACACACACACACACACACACACAGAGGAGCAAUUGCUGCUGUGUGACCUCUGAUGUUAUCACUGUGAAACAUGGCAAACCAUUCAGGUCUCUCGUGACCUUCACAUGCUUCUAAAAUGCAACAAAUACAACAAGUCAAAAUGUUUGAGCUGCUGGGUUUCUGGAUCUCCAGGUCUCAAGGAAGUGUGCAAAAAUAUAUCGGACAACAAUUGCACUGUUAGUGACUGCAUCCUUUAUGGACAACAGCUUUGUUGGACAUAAUGAUUUAUAGUAUAGUAUAGUAUAGUAUAGUGUUACAGUAAGAAUCUGGGUUAAACACUUAUUUAGCAGGUUGUUCUGCACUAUAUAAUUAAUUUUUGGCACCAUUAGUGGAGCUUUAUCGUACUGUAUAGUUACAGUUCAUCCUUUGUGAAUAGCCACUUUGGAAAGGUGCUGACCAGCUACAAAAUGUGUGAGAGUAAUUCAGUUAUUUAGGCAGUGGUGAAAUUACUCCAGUACUGAAGUACUCAUACUUUAUACUUCUACUCCACUACAAGUAAGAGGGAAAUAUUGUACCUUUUACUCCACUACAAUUAUUCGACAGCAAAUAAAGAUUUUAAAUACAAAACACAUAAAGAGCUUAUAAAAUAUGAUGUUUUGAUCUAGAUAAACUACCCAAGCAUUUAUACAAUAAGAGCUGAUUUUAGUUGAUUAACUGAGGAGUUGAUUGACAUUACUCCCUAUAUUCUUAAUUUUUACAAACCAAACAAUUUGUUGAUUAAUCAAUAAAUCAAUCGGCAAAUGAAUCCCUAAUGAAAAUAAUCAUUAGCUGCAGCCUUAAUAAAUAAGACACUUAACAAUUAACCCCAUCUCAACCAACAUUAACAGUAAAAUGUUGCUUACACAUUAAUGCAUGAGUAAUAAUCAAAUUAUUUCUGUAAUAUAUGAACAGUUGCAUGGGCCUUUAUGGGGGGGAUUUAGUACUUUCAUUUUUAAUACUUAAAGCACAUUUUCCUGAUUUUAUUUGUACCACCCACCCCAGCCACAGCCUGCUCACCCUGCUGCCAUCUGGCAUGCGAUACAGAAGUAUCCUCUGUCAUACCACCAGGCUAGAGCAGCAUCUUUCUUCAGGCGGAGAGACUCCUGAACUAAAUAAAUUACAUGAACCUUGCUGCUGGUUUUACACAUGACCAUAGCUAUAUAUAUAUAUAUAAAGGUAUAAAGGUUUACGGUGAUAAAAAGCACAAAAUAUUAAACAAAAAAUUGAGUAACACGAAUGAAGAAGGUUUACGAUGAUAAAAAGCACAAAAUAUUAAACAAAAAAUUAAGUAACACGGGCACAGUAUUAAAACAGCGAAAAAAGCGUGGCAAACAAUGACUGACUGAUAAAGUAAGUAGCUAAACAUAUCACCGCUCUUGAAACUGAAACUGUCAAAAUUCUAAUGUUACAGAUGUUAUGUCAUACAUUAAAAGUGAGCAGUGGACGUUAAUAUGCCACAAUUAAAUUGUAAUUAUGGAGAGCCAAUUCACAAUAAAAUGUAUCUCCUUUUAUUGUAUUUAAGUUACUUAUGUAGGCCUAUAGAAAAACUAACUGUGUUGAAAAGUGGUGGGGACAUAAGGGCUCAGAUUAGGGGUGUGACGAUAGGCUUGAUUCACGAUAUGUGAUGAUGCACAUGAGAACAAGACAAGAACAAUAUUUUAACACAAUUUUGAAGUAAUGUUCAAUGCUUAAAUAUGAGUGGUGAGUCUGGGAGUCCUUCCCCAGACGUUUGUAAGCAUUAAACACUUAGUUUCCUGACUUCUGGAGAAAUAUUCUUCACCAAUUACACAACAUGCAGCAGGCAGGUGACAAUUCAAAAUAUAAAAAUAUAAUGCAGUAAUCAUAGCUUGUUCUUUUAGCUUAGUAAGUUACU